AGCGUUCAGUCUGCCGGAAAUUCACACGAAGAAGAAGUUGGUUAUCAGUCUGAGAAAAAGCCGUGAACUGGUCGCUGGCUGGAGAUUUCACUUUUAUCCUGAAGGAAAGUACGUUGCUUCGUGGUGAAUGAGUAGAUCUCUUGGGACGGUUUAAUUCCUCCGGUUAGGGCUGUUUUAAAACUAGCAGUAUGUUCGGGAAGAAGAAGAGGGCUCCGUUGCCAAAGGGCCAGGGCGCCGCUGCAGCCAAACAGAUGGGUUUGUUUGUUGACUUCAACCCAGAGGCGAUGACGCAGGACAUGGAUGAUCCGACCGUGGAUGAUGCUGAUCUAGAGGCAGAGUUAUCAGCUCUCACUGGGGGCAAGCCUGCUGGAGGGAGACUAAAGCAGAAGGCCCCCUUACCUAUGGAGAAUAUAGCCAGAAUGGCAGAGCAGUGUAUGAAGGAUAUAUACGAUGAUGAUGAUGAUGAUGAUAACCUGGAAGAUGAUGAAGAUUUAUUGGCUGAGCUGCAGGAAGUGGUGGGCGACGAGGAAACGGAGGAUCGUGUGACACCCACCUCCACGGAAGAGACUCCACAAUCACCACACCAGUUAGCAAGGGCUCCUCCUGCAGUACCUGGCAGUCUGCAGCACACCUUGGAGGAGAGACUGAGUAUGUACCGGACAGCUGUAGCCCACGCCAAGGCCUCGGGGGAAUCGUCUAAAGCACGGCGAUACGACAGAGGGCUCCAGAGCCUGGAGUCCAUGCUGGUGUCAUUGAAGAAGGGGAGGAAGGUGGAUGAGGCUGACAUCCCCCCACCUGUAGCCGGUGGAGCCCCUACCUCCACCGCCCCCCCACGACGUGCUCCUCCCCCUCCGCCCUCUGUUCUUCAACCUGAACCGACACCUCCACAACAGCAGGGGGAGCCAGAGGCUGCUGCUCCUGCUGAAACGUUACCUGUACCUGUCUCCCCUGAGGCAGUAUCACCCAGCAGUGAGGAGGAGCUGUCAUCUAUCUCCACCCUGGCCACUGUUAGCAGCCAUCCUAGCACUGAGGGAGAGGAAGGGACGGGACAGGCCAGCACAGUAGGCGAGGCCACGAAGGCGAUGCUGUUAGGCAGACAGAGAGAGUACAAAGUGGCAGCUCUGAAAGCCAAGCAGCAAGGAGACAUGGAACAAGUCAAACUCUACUUCAGGACCAGCAAGAGGUUUGACGCGGUGAUUGACGCGUUGGAGAAGGGGCAGGAGGUGGACCUGAGUGGCCUGCCACCCUCACUGUCCUCGGGGGUCAUCUCGGCCUUGUCUGGCCCAGAAAAAGAACCCGGUCCUGGACAGACCUCGAGCCCCAAUCCCCCUGCCUCCACACCUCCAGCCCCCUCUGCUGUCCCUGCCCAGCCUAAAGACGUCCUGGAGGCCCUGGAGCAGCGGAGGGACAGGUAUCAGGAGGCCUGCGCCCAGGCCAAAGCCAGCGGAGACGACCGCAAGGCCCGUAUGCACGAGCGCAUCGCCAAGGGAGAUGGACUAGUGUCCUUGUACAUCAAUGCUGUCUCGAGCGGACAGAGAGUGGACUAUGUCUGGUUUCAUCCAAUCCCUGGCCAGGAGGGAGGUGCGGGAGCUGAGCAGGGAUUCGCUGCCGUGCUGGAGGCAGCCAAUAAGCUGGCAUCUGAGGAAACCAUAGCGACAGGAGAGGAGGAAGGAGAGAAUGAGGAGAGCAAGCCUACUGUUCCUGAGUUAAAGAAGCCCAUGUUGGCUGUUCCUCCCACGACCCAGAGGCCCAAGAGGAGCACCUCUCCCUCUGCAGACAGGACCCACCAGAGAGAGAGCCUGUCUGCUACAGCGCUGCAGCAGUUGGACUUUGUGGAGGGACGCAGGAAGCAGUACAUGAAGGCAGCGCUGCAGGCCAAACAGAAGAACGACAUGGACACAGCCAGAACCAUGCUUCGUACCGCCAAGGGACUGGAGCCGCUCAUAGACGCCGUCAAGGCAGGCAAACACGUCGACAUCAGCAAGGUGCCGUCGCCCCCUGGUGACGAGGAUGAGGACUUCAUCCUGGUUCAUCACAGUGAAGUCCAGAUCUCAGAGAAGGCAGAUGAGGUCUACACUCAACUGGCCAAGAUGCUCAAGGAACAGUACGAGAAGUGCAUGACUUACUCCAAGCAGUUCACUCAUCUGGGUAACGUCGCUGAGACCACCAAGUUUGAGAAGAUGGCAGAGAGCUGUAAGAAGAGUCUAGAGAUGUUGACGCUGUCCCAGUCUAAGAGACUGGACCCUCCUAAACAUCACUUUGAGGAGAGGACAUACCACACCGUCAGGAUCUUCCCAGAGCUCAGUAGUACGGAGAUGGUGGUGGUGGUAGUCAGAGGGAUGAAUCUGCCUGCUCCUUCAGGUAACAUUGACCCCUCUGUAUCCUUCCUGUAUCUCCACUGUAUUUUCCCUGUAUUCCCCUGUGGUGGUGGAACAACUCCCAGGUUUGAGUCAGUGGUCGGCUUCAGGUCCUCUCUUAACGUCUCUAAUGCGUGGCCUACGUACUCUCUCCAGGAUGGUAUUGAGUCGGGGUGGUCGGUCCUUCUCUUUACGUUCUGGUGCUCUGUGUGGGAGGACCGCUCUCCCCCAGUAUUAGAGUCGGUGGUGCGGAUUCAGGGCUGUCUUAUGUCUCUCUGCUCCUACGUCUUUCCAGGUAUUGAGUCAGUGUCCAAGGUUAUUGAGUCGAGUGGUCGUCCUCGUCUAACGUCUCUCUGCUCCUCGUUCUCCAGGUAUACCUACCGAAUGAACCUGGAUAGCUUUCAAAGACAACCCCGAAACCAAGAACGGCUGUGUCAAGAACACGAACUCUCCAGAUUCAACCAGGGCUUCACUCUGAACAUCAACCGGAACCACAGAGGCUUCAGGAGAGUGGUCCAAUCUAAAGACUCACUGGAACUUCUGCAAAGGGCCCACAUCAAACUGGAGAAACUGGAGACCGAGAGUGAAGUACGGGAGAUAGUGGAGGUGAUAGAUGGCCGUAAGCCUACAGGAGGACGUGUGGAGGUCAGGGUUCGCCUGAGAGAGCCUCUGAGUGGACAGGACCUUCAGACAACCACAGAACGCUGGUUAGUCCUGGACCAGUCACAGGUUCUUCUCUAACUGGUGCUCAGCUGGGACAACUAGGAACACUUUAAAAGAUGAUUAACACGCCCGUUGUCCUCUGAUGAAGAUUAUGACGGGAUGAUGAAGAGGAGGAGGAUGAUGUAUGUUGUCGUGGCGAGCCUGUUUAGUCUUCCAGGGUUCUGGCAGUCCGACACAGUGAACACGGGUCUUUAGCUUGUAAACAUUUUGCACACAGAGAGACGGAGCUUCUAUUCACUCUUGGGGGGGGGGGGGGAAAUGGGCUCCAUGUUUAGCUAACCUUAAGAUAACAUUGGCCGGGAUUCAAUCAAAAGGGGCACUGCACUUGACUUUUAUGGGUCAUAAUUUUUUUGUUGAAUCCCAGUCCUAGUUCCACACCCUGCUGAGUUUGAAAGACGGCUACAUAGUAUACUAUCUAUAAUAUAUUAUCCACCUAUGCACUUAAUUCUACCAAAGUAAUCACUGUUGCUGUACGAUGCUGCAUAUUUCGAUUGCCUUGAUUAUCUGCCCUGCUGUUUUAAUGAUUACAAUAAUAAUGUGUGAUAAGAACUUGGAUCUCUCAGAUGUAAUUCUUUGCUACGUUGUUGGUUGUUGUUCCCGGGACGGUUUCAUCUCUAUUCUCUGGAACCGUUACCGGCCAGGAUUCAAUCCUGAUUAAGAUCCCCCGUUUUAUAGCCGCUUGACUUUUUUUUUUAAAGGUAAUGUCAAUCUCCGCGAUACGUGGUAACAUUGCCUCUUUUUCUUUUUUUUUUUAAAGCUGCAUUGUCGACUUGAGCGUAGGGGUUGAAUCCCGGCUUCAACGCCAGAACGGGAUAAUGUUCACGUGGACAUGACUGACUUUACAGAUGUCUUGGCUACCACAGCUAUUGGACAUUCAAAGGCAAUUGGUCAACUGACAUAAGCAUGUCAUAGGUACUCUUAAGGUGUCAUAAAUGGUUAUAAGGCUACAUAGCUCUUGUGACCGUGUCACAUUUUGAGCUGGAUAGUAUAGAUCUGUGUCUGAACUGACCCGAUUGGGCCCUGGUCAAAACUAGUGCACUAAAUAGGGAUUAUGGUGCUGUUUGAGAAAGAUGUCAUUUAUCUUGUGGUGAUUGGGGUUAUUUUGUUUUUUGUGAUUUAAGUUGAAGAGACUCAUAAGUUUACACUUUAUAGCUGUGAUCCUCCGUACACAUAGAAAUGAUAUCAUCCGUGAGUUUGGGUUCAGCUGAGCUUUUAGUUUUUUGUUUGCGUGUAAAUCAAAGUUGUAUUUUAUGAGAAGAGUGGUAAUUUAAAAUGCUUAACAGCAAAGCCAUUAUGGUUACACGGGCACAGAUUAAGCCUAUACCGGACUAGGAAGCUUUUCAAUGGAGAAUCUUCAUUGAACAUGAUUUUUUUGGGGGGUCCAGGACAGUGUGUUUGGGAAACUGUCCCACAGUCUGAGCCAAUUAUAUCCCCCCCUUUCCCUACUGAUAACCAAUUAUAUCCACCCAUUCUCUACUGAUAACCAAUUAUAUCCACCCAUUCUCUACUGAUAGCCAAUUAUAUCCCCCCAUUCUCUACUGAUAGCCAGUUAUAUUCCACUAGAACUUUACAAUGUUGCUUCUAUCAGAAUAUUUCCAACUGGUGACUUAAUAUAAGUACUGUGCAUCAAUGCGGUCCCGUCAAUUCAAAAUAAAUAUUUUAUUAAUUAUACGUUAAGUAAUUUUCAUUUAACAAAAUGCAACUGUUUCCUCUGCUCCAAUAUGUUUUUGUAUGUAUAUUGGCAAGUUUAUCAUAAUGAGACUUAAAACUGUACAGGACCGAAGGUACCUUACCUUAAAGUUCCGAAAUGUGUAUUUGUGGCAAAAACUAAGCAUACAUUUUGCUUUUCUGUACAUUUUUAAUUAUACAUCUUACAGGUUUUGACAUUUGUAGUAUUCAAUAAAGGAAAAAAGAUUU